AUGGUCGCUUUUGGUCUGCGGGUAGCCCCCUAUCCGCCAACCAGGGAUGCGCCAGGAAUUCACGAAGUGUUGUGGAAAGCAAAGAACACAAAAUGUUUAGCACUUAUUACGGGAAAUAUAAAGGAUAACACUGAUCAAUCAUGGAAUGAUUUGCUACAUCUGCAAACUGUUUUAUUUCAUCCCCGACGCAGACGAAGCGGUGUCUCACACAAUGUGUUACAUAAAUCGAGAACUUUACAUAAAGUUAAAUCUCGGCAAAGCUCCUUACUAGAAUCACGCUUACCGUCUUGGUGUCAAUGUAAGCCGAUACAGCUACAAUGCCCACAAGGCCCACGAGGUCCUCCUGGUUCACGAGGAUCUCCAGGAGUUCUUGGAGAAAAUGGACCACCCGGCCUUGAUAACCUUAAGUCGUACCCGGCGUUCGAAUGUCCUAUUCGGGAUGUGGGAUGUGUGAGAUGCCCUGGAGGUCCGACAGGAUUCCGAGGCCCGCCAGGAAAAUAUGGAUUGAAAGGACCGUCCGGCCUUCCAGGGAUUCCUGGCAUCACCAAAAGAGCUUCCGGUCCGCAAGGACCGGUGAGCGGGCAAGGACUCCCAGGUGUGAGAGGGGAGCCGGGGAACCGAGGAUUACCAGGAAGAAAUGGAGUGAUACCAGUUAAGAAGAUAGGGCUACCUGGAGCUCCUGGAAAACAUGGACAAAGCGGUGAACCUGGAAAGCUAGGAAUUCGAGCUCAAAAUGGAUUACCAGGCGCAGUACCGGUCCUUCAGGAUUACCAGGAUACGCGGGAGGACGCGGAACAUUAG